ACAUUUCCCUCGACAAGCUUAAGUCUCUUCUCUGGCAAGGUCCACUAGGACUACCUCGGUCUUCUACCCGAGUCUUCUCAUCGAUACUAUUUCUGCUGACUCAAAUCAAGCAAGAUCUAUCUAUCUACCACGUGACACAUGACCACCAUCGCACCCACGACCCAAAUCUUCAACGACGACAUCGACGCCACCGGUGUGGCGCAGCAGCGUCCUCGUGGAGAACGUUUCCACGCUGGCAUGACUGCCGUCGCGACCGCACCAACCGCGGAAACAGCCGACUCGACAGGCAAGCAUCUGCGCAAGAUGUUGUGCCACUCGAUCCACGAUGCCUUGCCGGUGUUGGAGUUCUUUGUCGUCGCAGCGUCCACCCGAGGCAUCGCAUGCAUAUAUAUCCUUGCAGCAGGCUUGAUCAUGGCCCUCGACCGUUGCUUCCGCGGCUUCGUCGAAACAAGCACGAUAUCACGCGUGUGUAUCGCGCUCUUCUGUGCAAGGACAUCGUUCGACAUCGCCGCCUACAACGGCGACGCCACACCACUGCACACACUUUUCAACCCCAUCCAGGACUCGAGUAACUUGGCCGACAUCAUCUGGGCCGUCAUGGUCAAAGGCGUCAUGCUUCGUCUUGCCAGCCUCAGCAUGGAGGCCUUUGCUGGGCUCGUCCUGGAGUGGUUGCCCGUGCACGACACCGUCACGGGGGCGUCCAUUCGACGCAUCCCUCCACCACCCCCACGUAAGCCCGUUCCCCCUAGACACCGUUGUCACCUCUUGUCCUCGGUAGUCGGUCCAGCUCCUCAAAUCACCAAUGCAAGUGUGGUCCGCACAUUCGUAGGAAUGCGUCGUCGUGUUGAACUCCACUUGGCCUCAUC